AUUAUCACCCACCAUAAAAGCCACGUCAGUUUUUUUAGUUUCAAAAUUUUGCACAAUCAUUGGAUUUAUACGUAUUACAGCAGUUCUAUAGCUACAACAACAGUAAAUCUUAUAUACGGUAGUUCCAUUCUACCCUAAGAACAAUGGCACAGAGUGAUAUAGGCGAUUGGUACCGUGGUAUACCACAAAUAACUCGGUACUGGUUCACUGCUUCUGUUGUUUUUCCUCUGGCUGGAAAAAUUGGACUUUUUGCUCCAUUGACUAUGAUACUGAAAUAUGAGUGGGUCGUUCAUCAUUUCCAGAUAUGGCGGCCAUUUACUGCUCUAGUUUACUACCCAAUCACCCCCCAAACAGGGUUCCAUUAUCUCAUCAACCUCUACUUCAUGUACUCAUAUUCCACAAGACUUGAAACGGGAGUGUUUGAUGGGAGGCCUGCUGACUAUGUUUUCAUGUUAGUGUUUAACUGGAUCUGCCUUGUGCUUGUUGGUUUUUUAGCAGAAUUAAUGUUGUUGAUGGAUCCAAUGAUCCUGAGUGUUCUCUAUGUUUGGUGCCAGUUAAAUAAAGACCAGAUUGUGCAGUUCUGGUUUGGAACUCAAUUUAAAGCUAUGUACUUGCCAUGGGUCCUUGUUGGCUUCAAUAUGAUCAUAAGGGGAGGGGGAAUGAGUGAGCUGUUUGGUAUACUAGUGGGACAUCUAUAUUUCUUCCUCAUGUUUAAAUAUCCACAAGAGUUUGGUGGCAGACAGUUCCUGAGUACUCCACAGUUUCUAUACAAAUACUUUCCAAACAGACGAGGUGGAGUUGCAGGCUUCGGCAUGGCACCUCAAAGCAGACGUCAAGAGCGAGAUGAUAAUGGGGGCAGGCAUGCUUGGGGUACUGGAAACCAACUUGGUGGAGAUUAGGUUGAUGAUGUGAAGGGAAUCGGUGGUGUUAUUUUGAAAGACUGUCAUUUGAAAUAAACUGAGCAAAAUUUUAUAGUCAUUAAAAACAUUUGUCUCAAGCAAAAAUAUCUGGAUUCAUCAAUAAUGCAAUUGAGAAACAGAUUUGAACUUGAAAUAAACCGUUUGCAUCAGUUUGACUUCACAUCCUCAAAGAGGACUCUCCUUCAGUUGUAGGGACUUAAUAUGAAGGGUUAUAUGUUGUUAGAAAGGUGCCAUGCAUUUAGGAAAGCAUUGAUUAACUGGUAAAAUACAAUGAAAAGGUGUUUUAAAAGAAAUGAUUAUUCAUGAAUACAACCCAUUGAUAAGUUAACAUUCAGUGUAUUCUUCUUGGUUCUGGUA